UCUUAGAAGAAAAAAACAAUGAACUAUUUAGUUUAUCAAGUUUGAUGCCAUUAUUGCAGCAAGUUCUCUCUUCCCUGGAAAGCCAUUGCCCCCUCUUAGAGAGCAAUGUUCAUGUAUGGGAAUAUCCGUAGCUACUCGCUACUGAUUUUGAUUCUACUGAUCACAGCAGUUAUUGCGGGCUCAAUUUUUGAUGCUUUUUUUUACCUACUUCUAUGCGGUUUACUUGGUCUAGUUGUUUUAGGGGCUUUCUUUUUUCUAAGAUCUAGAAAUCGGUUCCAAGAAGUUGAGGAAGAUCAUCUCGACAACAUGUUAGGAAUGCCAACGAGGUUUUCUUAUGAAGAGUUGAAGAACAUCACCAAGAAUUUUAGCAACAAGCUUGGUGAAGGCGGAUUGGGGUCUGUUUCUCAAGGAACACUGCCUUCGGGUUCUCAAGUUGCAGUGAAACAUCUUUUUGGCAUUGGUCCAGUUAACAAGUCCUUCGUAGCUGAAGUUCAAACGAUUGGAAGCAUCCACCAUUUCAAUCUGGUAAGUUUGGUUGGAUUUUGUGCUGAAAAAUUCAAUAGGCUUUUAGUUUACGAGUACAUGGCUAAUGGAUCAUUAGACCGAUGGAUCUUUAAUAAAAAUCAGGAUCUUUCACUUGAUUGGCAAGUUAGAAAGAAGAUCAUUUUAGAUAUAGCCAAAGGACUUGCUUAUCUUCAUGAAGACUGCAACCGAAAGAUAAUUCACUUAGAUAUCAAACCUCAAAAUAUCCUUUUAGAUGAGAAUUUUAAUGCUAAAGUUUCGGAUUUUGGAUUAUCUAAGCUAAUUGAAAAAGAUCAAAGUCAAGUUGUUACAAGUAUGAGGGGAACCCCAGGUUAUAUGGCUCCUGAAUGGUUAAGCUUAGUCAUAACUCAGAAAGUAGAUGUCUAUAGCUUUGGUAUUAUAGUCCUAGAAGUUCUGUGCGGGCGGCGAAACAUCGAUGGAUCUCAACAAGAAGAAGAUAGGCAUUUAUUGAAACUUUUUGGAAGAAAGCAAGAGGAAGGACAACUCUUGGAUUUAGUUGAUAAGUGCAGCGAUGAUAUGCAGUUGAACGCCGUUUAAGUCGUAGAGAUGAUGAAGGUUGCUGCGUGGUGCUUACAAACUGAUUAUGCCAGGAGGCCUUCCAUGUCCGCAGUUGUGAAGGUUUUUGAGGGUUCAGUUGAUGUUGUAAUUGAUAUGGAUGAAGACUUCCUAAAUGAAAUAACACCAGAAGUUGGGGAGUGUUUUGCUACAACAGUUUUACCUUCCAUGUUAUCUGGGCCAAGGUGAUGAUCAUGGAAUGCGUCUGUUCCCAGCUUUAACUAGUCUAAAAUUAGUAAAAUUGUUUUGUCAAUCCUUCUGCCAUGUUCCAAAGCUAGCUUUGAGUGACGUACUUGUAUUCAUCCCAACCUUUGGGUCCAGAGGGUAAAAGUUACCCAAAAUAAAAUCCAAGACUCAAACGGUAGUGAAAGAUUUUUUUGUUUUUAUCAUAAGAUUACAUGUACUCUAAAAGGGAAAGUCUAGUAAGAAAGUUCCUAUUUUCGCUUUGUA